CGUGCCUACGUAUACGUAUAAAAGUAUCGUGAUCGGUGGGUCGGAUGAGGGAACAGUCGAGCGCGGUUAUUCGAGCGAUCAUGAUCGAGAUUAUCGCGUUGUUUAUCGGAGUCGUCGGAACUCUAGCGGCUCCUGGAAUGCCUGAAGCGUAUGGAAUGCCUGGAACUCCGUACGCCCCUCGGAAUAUCACGAAAGACGCGGAAGUGGUCUUCCCGCAGCUGCCAGGCUCGGAAAAUUUAGACGAGAAAGCGAUGCCUUUGUCGAAGCUGGUCGAUCACCAGCCUUUCCCAUCGUUGGGACAGAACUCGGUGGAAAAGUCUUGGAUACCAUCCGAACUUCCUGGAACGAAGAACCUCGCCGAAAAACGUAUUCCCGAACCGGUCUUGCAAAAGUUGUUCCAGCUGCAGGAAGUCGAUCAGCGAGAUCCUUGAACGAGUCUACGCGGAGAUAUCUUCGUCGAGGUCGUCGCAUGGGAAACUUCGUUCCCAUCAUCGAUUAAAUUGCUGU